CGGCCUCUCGCGCGCGAUUUCCUUAAGCAAGACCUUUUGUAACCCAGUGGCCGGGACCUCCUCGGUAUUGCUGUGGUGCUGUGUCGUGCCACCGCCGCUGUGUGUAAGCCGAGUUAUAAUAAAGGCAAUUACUUUACGAAUUACGUUACGAAAACAAAGUUACUCUCGUCUAAUUUCGGUGUUCCGUGCCGAGGCGGACUUAAAGCUAUUUUACGGUGGAGGUGGAAGCUCACUGCCCCGCGCCACUAAACGCUGCCCCGCGCCACUAAACUCCCGGAUAAUCACUCACCAAAUACAUUAUAAAAAUUAGACUAGAUUGGUGAAUGAUUCAGCCGUUGAGUUGAUAGUGAACGAUGAAUUGUUUAUUGAUCGGGAUGGUGAACCAUGUAAUAGAGGAAUAUUACGAGAUUUAAGUGUAAUAAUACGAUAAUAAUGUAAAUAGAAUAAGUGAAACACGAGAAAGAAUUAUGUAAGUGAAAUGCAAGGAAAUAAAAGUGGAAAAAAAAGCAUCUAAAUAAUAUAACAGAAAUAAUUCAAUAAAAAAAUAACAGUGAAUUAAUACUGUGUAAUAAUGUGUAAUAAAAUAAGAGAAAAUAUUGUAGCUGAAAGUAUUUUAAUGGUGAAAUAAUUAUGAAAAUAAUGUAACACUGAAAUUUUCCUCUGAGUGUAAUUGGCCUUCAAGUGAAUUUUUUCAGUUUUUUUUUUUUACGUGUAUCGUGCAGUUCAAAAUGAGUGAUUAUAUUUGAAAAUAAUCAGGAAAUAAAUGUCGAUUUUUGAAGGUAGUGAGGAGAGUAAUAACUGGUGGGUGAAGGCUUGCAACAGUGACCUUCAUAGAUGUGCAACAGCACGUCUAGAGUCACCCACAUCCCUCUGCAACACUAGAGUUUACAUUCUCCCUCUGGUGGCAAUGAACGAUACCGCAGCAUCAACUAUGCAGUGAGGAACCUCUGUUGUAAGCUUGCUUGUUGUGUGAGUUACCUCCAUCCCUCACCAUACACGCCCACACAUCACGCCCACAAAGACGCUAGGGCCGCCCACACGCCCACGGGAUGAGUGUUGUGGAGGACGCGGGCGUACUGAAGGCGCGGGCCACAGACUUCUCAAUCGCAGCAAUCAUGGGCGCCGCUGCUAAAAUGGCUCCACAGGCCAGGGAAGGGAAGUUAUCAAGGACACCAUCGCCACACCCACUGUCCAUGCCUGACGACGACGACCAGGAGCCCCCCGAAGUCACCUCGUCCUCCGACGCCGCCAAGGACGACCCCGACGACGCCACCAGUCCCAAGAGUACCACCUCCUCGGAUGGUCGGGACUCUAAGAGGGCGCGUCUGGAGGGGUCGUGCAACUGUGACGACCUGAGAGGCGUCACCUGCUACCUGGAGACUAAGGAUCUCUGGGAGAAGUUCCACGACCUGGGCACCGAGAUGAUCAUCACGAAGAGUGGAAGACGGAUGUUCCCUACAGUGAGAGUGUCCUUCACGGGUCUCAAGAGUGAGGAUCGCUACCUGGUGCUCCUGGAUAUCGUCCCUAUGGACAAUAAGAGAUACAGGUACGCGUACCACCGGUCGUCGUGGUUGGUAGCAGGAAAAGCGGACCCACCGCCUCCCUACCGUCUCUACGCUCACCCUGACUCACCCUACACCGGCGACCAACUCAAGAAGCAGAUUGUCUCCUUCGAGAAAGUCAAACUCACCAACAACGAGAUGGACAAACACGGCCACAUCGUACUCAACUCGAUGCACAGAUACCAGCCCAGGAUCCACCUGGUGAGGCGCCACGAUUCCGGUCAGGGACCCGUCGCGGACCUCGAUCUGGAAGACCACAAAACGUUCAUCUUCCCUGAAACAGUGUUCACUGCCGUCACUGCCUAUCAGAACCAGUUGAUCACCAAGCUUAAGAUCGACAGUAAUCCCUUCGCCAAAGGCUUUCGGGACUCCUCGCGCCUCACAGACUUCGAAAGGGAGACGAUGGAGAGCAUGUUGUCUGAACACCCGUACUUCCGCAACGCCCUGGCGCCGUCCCUCGACGCCGCCCACCAGAGCACCUCCUCGCCCCUCACCCUCGAGGAACGUGCUCUCCUCGCCGCCCGCGCCCAUAUGUUCUUCCGCUCAUCCCAUACCUCCACCCCCACCACCCCAACCACCUCACUCGCCACCACCUCCCUAACCCCGCCAUCCUCCUCUUUCUCUAGCGGGGGGAUGGGUCCCGGCCUGGGACCCAACCUCGGGUCAGGUUUGAGUGGUUUGGGGAAUCUACCGCCCGCUAUCUCCCAGUUAUACAGUCUUGGGGGUGGUGGAGGGCGGGCGGCAGCCACACCCACGCCGGUCAACCUGCCCCUGCAGUUGUGGUCGCAGUGGGCGGCAUUGCAUGGGCUCAAUCAAGUUAAUGCAACUUUGCUGGCCCAUCAUGCCUCUCUGACCGCAGCUGCGGCCGCCCACACCUCCCCGACGGGCGUGGCACACCCAUCCCGGGACAGUGGAGCCGCCCCAUCGCAGUCAAGCGGUACAGGAGGACCUGACGGGGGGGUGAGGCUCCCCAGGCCCAUUUACCCUCCCCUGGUUCCAGCCCUGCAUCGUUUUGCCCCGUAUUUCCACCCCAAAGGGAGCUCCUCUCCCACCCACCAGCACCCGGGAUCGCCCGACCCCCGCCCUCCUCCUGAAGGGUCACCGGGGCAGCUAGCCUGAGGGCGGCUCCUCAGGGCCGAGGAACAGCGUACGUCUCCUGACGUAGUUCACGGUCACCAGGUGUCCAGUAGCUGGUCUCACGUCGGCGAUACCUUCAGUCAAUAUACUGGUCACGGCAGCGAAGAUGACACCCAACACUACCUGACGGAGUCAGGUCGCAACUCUCACCUGACGGAGGCAGGUCGUAAUAUCCACUUGACUGAGGCAGGUCGUAGUACCCACCUGACAGAUGCAGGUCCUAGUACCCACCUAACGGAUGCAGGCCGUAGUACGCACCUGACGGAGGCAAGUCGUAGUACACACCCGACGGAGGCAGGUCGCAGCGCUCACCUAACGGAUACAGGUCACAGCACCCAUCAUCAGACUCUAACUCCUGAGCUCUCCAGCAGUUCGCCACAGCGGUACAUCGACGUGGACACACUUGUGAACCACUAACCUCCUGGCUGCUCGACGCACGCCCCUCUUGUGCAUGCCCUACGACCAGGCGUACGCCCCUCCCGUGCACGCUCUACAACCAGGCGCACGCCCCUCCCGUGUCUUGAGCAUCAGUCACGUUCAACUCUCUGAGGGACACUGCAGGUCACGUUCAACGCUCCGAAAGACACUGCAGGCCACAUUCAAUGUUCCUCGGCAGACCAUGAAUGCACCAGGCUCCGUUCAGUAUUUUGCAGGCGCUCUGGUAUUCGGCAGGGCUCGUUCAACCUCUGGCAAGGACUUUAUGCUCCGUUCAACGUUCUACAGGACUUUGGAACACGGGAGGCACUGUUUAACUAUCCGUCAGCAGCCUAGGGAAAUUCCAGACCUCGUUCAGUGCUACGUCAGUGGCCAAGGUACACUCCGAGUUUUCUUCAAUGUUCUGUAAUCACCCAGGGACUCAUCUGAUUUGCUGAUUGCUUCUAAAGUAGUCCAGGAAUGACUUCUGGAACCCAGAGGCACUUCAGAGCCCUGUGAACGCUUUCUAAGUGGCCAGUUGGUACUCCAGACCGCGUUCAGGGUAUUCUGAGAUAUGCCAGACCACGUUCAGGGUAUCGUGGGGCAUGCUAGGUCCCGUUCAACGCUCCGUGUCCAAGGACACACUAAGCCCCCGUUCGAUGCUCCGCUGACACGCAACGCGUCUGCCAGAGUCGAAGCCUCUCUAAUCCCUCGAUUUCCGGCUGACAUUUGCGAAUCCACAGCUGUAGUGUUCCGAAACCCAAACAUAAUCCCAUUCCGCAAAAGCUAGGGAAACCUUAAAGCAACCGCGAAUGCAGAAAAAAAAACUGUUACAUAUUACUCUGUGCCACGCAAAAAAAAAAAAAAGUAAAUGUAAGUGAAUAAGGAGAAAACAAAAGAGGCUGUGAGAGAGGUUUCUCACUGCCAGACUUGACUCUCAGAUAAGAAUGUUUAGUUAUAACUUGUAAACAUGGAGUAUUAGUCCGCACUGCGGAGGUCAUGUUUACUACGAUCCUCGCAACUGUAGUGUGUUAGUUGAUUUGAAACUUAAGGAAAGGUCGGGCAGGAAAUUUUCCCUACCGAGUCUGUUGUGAACGUUUGUUGUCUUAGGUGUAAUUAGUUGUCCCGAUCAACUUAUUCCACUAAUUAUAUUUGUUUCCCAGCAACCAACAGUUUUGGCAGAAAAACGAGGUCAGUGGCGAUCACAAACAACAAAGAGAGUAGUUUAGGAUUUUUGUCUCGUUUACCAUAGACCAGGUGAUCCCCAUCCACACUGCUGGAAUACUAGUGCACUGUAGAAACUAAUAGUGCACUGUAGACUUAUACUAGUGCACUGUAGACUUAUAGAGUCUCAGGCCUCUCAUACACCCGAAAGUCACAUAUGUAGAAACUAGAUGUGACCCUGAAACCUCUUUCAUAGUGUAGACAAGGAGCUCCUGAUAAAACUGUGUGACUGUAUCUUCCUUGUCUCGCCAAAUACAUGUAUAAACAAAAGUCCCUGUUGGUUCUUGCUAAUGUAUAUUAAUGUGUCUAACUUUAGUCUGAAUCACAUGUUUGUAUUAAUUGACCAAACAUUUGUUUUUGUUUAAUGUUGAAUAUACGUUGUGUAUCGAGAGUUUCCACAUAUAACUGGAGAAACACAUUCCAAACACCUAACAUAAACUAAUGUUAAGUGCACCUUUAACAAUGUUGUUGUAUUUAUAACAUUUAACUACAACUGUGACCUACAAUGUAAAUUCCAUACACUU